AGAAAAAAAAUCGGAAACAGAAACUUCAUCAACUCCACCCAACUUCAAGAGCUAUGGUGACGAUGGUGACGAUGGUGAUGGUGGUGGUGGUGGUGGUGGAGGGGCGGGACCAGCUGUGUCUGCGCGGCCUAACUCCCUUCCUUCAAGACUUCAUCACACAUUAUUCCUACAGCGAAGUGCACCUUGUAUUCAACGGCUCAGCCGAUGGACAGCUGGUGGUGGCGGGCAGACAGAUGCUCGCCCACUCCCCCGCCCUCACCCUGUCCUUCAUCAACGUGGAGGGGGACCCAGCCGCCCUCCGUGAAGUGGCCUCCUUGACCAAGAGACCCCAACACGACCAGCCUCUGCACGUAGGGACCUCUGCCCAUCAGCAUAGUUUCCGCAAGCCGCUCUUUAUGGCCACGAUCUCUACGGCUAUUGAGCUCAACGACGUGAAGGAGGUAAAGGUGCGGGAGAAAUCGAGAUGGGGGUCGUGGCUACUGCUGGGGGAGGACCUGGGGCCGCUUCUCACGCCUGGACAGUACCUCCCUUUAGACAACAAGGUCACAGUGGCUAUAUGGGGAAAAGCUGACGAAGGCGUGGAGCUCUGGGAGGCAUAUCAGGCAGCACCAACGCUACCACAUCGAUCCUCCAAGGUGGGCAUAUGGCUCUACCCCGAUACUUUGGGCUACAGCGCGGCGUGUCUAGGGGGUAACGUGUCCCUGGGUGAAGAGGAGGUUGAGAUGGAGGGACAGAACGCAACAGGAGGGCCCAACGUUACAGCCUCACUCUCCACGUCCUAUCCCAGUAGUAACAUUGCAGCGCGGAGGAGGGACUUGAGCGGCCUGCAUCUGCGGUGUUUGACGGGAAGUUGGGAGCCCUUCACGCGAAACACGCCCAAGGAGGGGAAGGAGGGCCUGGUUAACGCCGGGGGCUACGUUGGCGAGAUGUUUUCACUUCUGGCCGAGACGCUAAACUUCACAUAUGACUGCAGACAAGCUCCUGAUGGUCAAUUCGGGAACCUGGAGGACGGGAAGUGGACGGGGCAGGUUGGGGAGCUGGUGGCGGGGCGAGGAGACGUGAUAGUGACCGCCCUGGACAAGACCUACCAACGCUCCGCCGUCAUCGACUACUGCCAUCCUUACGGUGAAAUUACCUACCGUAUGAUCAUCCGCACACCUGAGCCUAAUAUGUGGAAUAAGUUCACCGUCCAGCUGGGCCUCCAUAGCUGGCUCACCUACUGCGCCUUCCUGCUGCUCAUGCCCUUCGCCUACUACCUGCUAGCCGCCUACUCGCCCCUGCUGCGCCCUGUCAGUCCGCAGGAGGCGUGGUUCACUGUCUGCUCCCUCAAUUUGAAUCAAGGCAACAUGGAGGUGUCGGGUCACGCCAGGCGGCUGCUGCAGAUGGCGGUGGUGGCGACGUCCUGGCUCAUCAUCGCCUUCUACAACAGCGUGCUCGUGUCGUCCCUGGCCGUGCCCAUCCUCGCGCCACCCUUCACGGACGCGGAGGGGUUCUUGCAGGCGGGGACGCAUAACCUGGGACUCCUCAAGGGGAACUCCGAGGUGGAACGGCUGAGGACCUCCCAGCAUCUGACCCUACAACAAAUAUGGUCUCGUCUGGUGGCCCCGGACUCACGUAACCUAGUGGGCAGCAUAGCGGAGGGGGUGAGAAGGGUGCGGACGGAGAAUUUCGCGUUCUUAUUAGAGAGCAACUACUACGCCUACCACAUGAAGGGGGACUGCAGCCUCUACCCGCUGCAGGAGACAAUCUUUAAGUCCGGGGCGGGGCUGGCUUUGCAGAAGGACUCGCCUCUGCUACUCACUUUCAACAAUGAGAUCUUCGCGCAACACAUGGGCGGACUAGUUGACCGUAGCCGAACCCGCUUCAUCCCGAUCCACCCAUCUUGCGAAGUGGACACAACGGGGCCCAUCAACAUCAGGACCAUCUUCACCGCCUUCCUCAUCCUCGCGACCGUCAUUCCCAUCGCCCUGCUCAUCCUUCUCCUCGAAAUCUACAUCUACCGCCGAUACACCGAGUCGAGGAGAGAGGAGGAGGAAGAGAGGAGGGGCGUGAAAGAAGGGGUGGGUCAGCGCUAUGGUUCAAGGGCCAAGUGACGUUACGACAUUGGGGAGACGUGGGUGUGGGGGAUAGGAGGGAGUGGUAAGGAUGGAGGGAGGAGUAUGUGGGUGAGUGCAAGGGAUUGGAGGGAAAGGGAAGAAAGAAGAGGAAGUAUGGAAGGUUUAAAUGGAAAGUAUGGGAAGGAAAUAGAAUGGAGUGGAAGAGAAAGGGGAAGUGAUAUGUGGAUUAGUGGAAGGGAAUGGAAUGAAAGAGAAGGGAUGAGAAGAGGUAGUUUAGAAAGGAUAAAUGGAAAGUAUGAUAUGAUGGAAGGGAGUGGAAGGGAAAGAGGGAUUAAUACAUGGAUGAAUACAAGGAAAUGGAAGGAAAAGGGAGGAAUAGGAGAAGGAAAUGGCCAAUACAAGACAUGGAGAGAUAUGGAGAGGACAAAUGGAGGGUAUGGGAUGGAGAUAGAAGGGAGUAGAAGGGAAAGGAGAAGCAAUACAUGGAUAACUGAAAGCGAAUGGAAGGAAAGAGAAAGAAUGAGAGAUAGAAGACAAUACAACGACUGGAGAAACAUGAAUAGGAAGAGAAAGCAUGGGGAGGAAUGGGAGGGAAUGGAAUAAUUUUAUGCUUUUACAUAAUUUAAACUCAAAUUAAGUAUCUAGCAUUAUUUCUUGCACAAUUGAUCUUUUAGCAUAAUUCUAGCAUAAUUCUGAUUUGUCUGGAAUAAAUUUUAGCAUAUAUCAUUCUUUCAAACUCGGUUUCAUUAUUUCAUUUAAGAGGGACUUGCGGAGUAGCUACCAAUCAAAUAUUUGAACGGUUGCUUCAGUUUCUGGUAGAACUGGCCAUUCAGCUUCAGCAUUGCUUACCCCUCAGUAAUACAGUUCUCUCUGAUAUCUGUUCUAUGCUUGAUCCUGAGGAAAUUAUGCGUGGAAAUAAUAUGUCUGUUGCAAAUAUCAAUGCCAAGAUUCCUGAAAUUGUUAGAGAUGAAGAUGAACAAAAAUUGGAUGAUGUCUGGAGGUUACUAAUCCUAAGUGAUGAUGCAAAGAAUAUUCUCUCACAGAAUGCUGCCACUGCCACUGAAGUCUUUUAGUCUAAAAUAUGUCACACAGGGAAAUACACUAUAUAGUCUCCAAACUUGCUAAAGCAUUAUUAACCAUACCAGUAUCUAAUGCAGACUGUGAGAGAAUAUUUUCAAUGGUUACUUUGAAAAAGAUCGAGAAAAGAAACAGGCUCUAAAACAGAAGUCUGGCAAAUGAAAUCGUAAGUGGAGAUCGAGGGCAUCAGACAAAGUGAGUGCGUAAAAUUUGAGCCUUCAGAAGACAUGAUCAAGUCGAUGGGUAAGAAUAUAUUCCCUCAGUGGCGUAAUGCUCAGUAAAUAGUAAUGAACUUGACCAAUGGAAGACCUUAUGAGUUUUAUUUUGAGAAAAGUUUUCUUGAAACCCGACUUUAAUGGGUAAUUUUGCAUGGUUUCCAUAGUUUAAGUUCCUUAUCAUCAUCUGGUUUGCGAAGCUGCUCUUCAUUUAUUCAAUACCUGAGUUUUAUUCAGAGGCUAUCUGAGUUAUAUUGAUUAUGUUUCCAUUAAAGUGUGUUAAGUAACAUG